GUUAAUAUCCUGCUGUCAUGGACUGGUAAAAACGCUUCUUAUGCUGAUAUAAAAAAAAGAUAUAAUUACAGGGAUAUAUGUGACCUUGUUACAGUAUUUAGUGAGUGUACUACAUGUAAGGACGCUGUCUGUAGAUGUGUAAUGGCAGGGACCAGAAUGAGUUGCUGUCGCCUAUUGUACGAGAUGCCGAAGUGACCAGAGCAGCACACCGAAAGAGUUCGGUUCAGAAGAAGGCUCAAUUCAACUUCCUUUCUCCUCGUGAUGACAACCAAGGUAGUACCACCACACCUGCCCGUUCCCUGCCCUGCCACACACCUGGAUCCCUCUUCAGACAGUCCUUCACCCCGAAGAGUGCUGCUAGGAACCCAGAUGUGUCGGCCAUCUUGGCGACAGGGCGCAGGACUCCUCGUUUCAUCCAUACGCCACGACCUCCCCUGGGCAGUAUGAGCAUGAACCUGGAUGACAGUGACUGGACCAACAGCCUGUACCCGUCUCCUCUGUCCGGCCUGGGACUGGGGGACACCAGCUUCACUGACGACAUCAACAUGUCCUCUGUAAUGCUGAAGGAGGAGGACCCUGGAGAGGCUGCAUCAGUCAGUCUGUUCCCAGAGUUCCUCCAGUCCUAUCUCAGACACUCCUCCACUGCUGACCUCUGA